CUUAAACCCUAUAAACUCCAUUAUUCCCUACAGUUGUAGCUCUUCAUCCUCCUCCGCUCGCCUCGCCGUCUGAAAGGAAAAUGGCUCCAAAGAAGGGCGUAGCAGUAGCAGCAAAGAAGAAGCCAGUAGCGAAAGUGGUGAACCCAUUGUUCGAGAAGCGGCCGAAGCAGUUCGGAAUCGGUGGUGCAUUGCCGCCGAAGAAGGAUCUAACCCGGUUCGUGAAAUGGCCUCAGGUAGUCAGGAUUCAAAGGAAAAGGAGGAUCCUUAAGCAGAGGUUGAAGGUUCCUCCUGCUCUCAAUCAGUUCUCUAAAACCCUCGACAAAAAUCUCGCUACAAACCUAUUCAAGAUGCUUUUGAAAUACAGGCCUGAGGAUAAGGCUGCAAAGAAGGAGCGCCUUGUUAAAAGAGCUCAAGCCGAAGCAGAAGGCAAAACUCCUGAAACCAAGAAACCUAUUAUUGUAAAGUAUGGUCUUAAGCACAUCACCUACCUUAUCGAGCAGAAUAAAGCACAGUUGGUGGUGAUUGCACAUGAUGUUGACCCAAUAGAAUUGGUUGUCUGGCUCCCAGCGUUGUGCAGAAAGAUGGAAAUUCCAUAUUGUAUUGUGAAGGGAAAAGCACGUUUAGGAUCGAUUGUGCAUAAGAAAACUGCUUCAGCGUUAUGCUUGACAACUGUGAAGAAUGAAGAUAAAAUGGAGUUCAGUAGAAUUUUGGAGGCAAUUAAGGCCAACUUCAAUGAUAAGUACGAGGAGAACAGAAAGAAAUGGGGUGGUGGUGUCAUGGGCUCCAAAUCACAAGCCAGAACCAAGGCUAAAGAGAGAGUUCUCGCCAAGGAAGCUGCUCAGAGAAUGAACUAGUGUUUUCUGGUUCGAAGUUAGACAUCUUACGUGCUUGUCUUUUAUCUUUGCCUUCUUCCGCAGAUUAUAUCUUUAUGCAAGAAACUUUGAAACCAUAUCAUUUUUUGGACUAGAUGCCUGUUUGAGUUAUGUAUGACGGUGAAAUGAAAAGGCUUUCAUUAACUAUGCUUAUUAGCUCUUAUGAAUUAUGAUACUAUUUCCUUCGUUCUCA